AUGCGACCAUUAAAAGCUUUUGCCAUCAACCCUCAAUUAGGUGUAAAAGAUUCUGUGGUAAAUAUACCGAUAGAUAUUGGCGAAUGCUUACAUACACUACCGAGAUCGUUUAACGAAAUGGCCACCAUCCAAUUACAACUGAAAAGGCACAUCCUCCAUAAAACAUACUACAUACCUGGUACGGAUAAGGAUAAACUGACAGUUUUGCUGUGUGCACCCUCAGGUAAGGCUGCGUUCUUAAUCCAUGGUGUAUCAGUGCAUACUGCUUUUGCGUUACCUGUUACUCAGUUUUCAGACGUUGAGGAUGGUCUGGUAAACGGUGCUUGUGGUGAACUUGAGAUGAUAAUGUUUAGACCUCAAUCCUCAGAGCCGUAUAAACUGUUUUUAAAUUUUAGUGAGACAGCUGUAGGUCAUAAGGCAAGAUCAGCUAAUAAGUCUUUCAUGGAAAAUGAAAAUAUCGCGUCGCACUUAACGCCAAUAGACAAGAACAGGCAGAUAUUGAAUAUAUCAAAUAAGUUGGAACAACAAGUAGUUAGAGAGCAGUUCCCAUUGGUGUGUGCUGAGGCAUUGACAUAA